AUGUCGGAGCCUGAGGCGGCGGCGGCCGGCACGGGCCCGGGAACGGCCGGGAUGGGCCUGGGAACACCCAGGAAGGGCCUGGAAGCGGAGCCCUUGGGUCCCCUGGACCUGCUGGAUCACUGCGGGCGCUGCCGGAAGCGCCUGAGCCCCCAGCGGGACCCGCGGCUCCUGCCCUGCCUGCACUCGGUGUGCGGGACCUGCCUCGGUGGAGAUGGAGCGGUGUUCGAGUGCCCCGUGUGCCACCAUCAGUGUCCCCUGGGGGACAUCCUGGACAACUUUUUCCUGCAGGACAGCGGGGCUGGAGCCACCGCAGGGCCUGAGCCCCUUCAGAGCUGCACCAGCUGCGAGGACAACGCGGCGGCCACGAGGUUCUGCAACGACUGCUCCGAGCCCCUGUGUGACACCUGUGUGCAGGCCCAUCUCAGGGUCAGGUACACCCGAGGCCACUCCGUCAGGGACAUCAGCUCCGCCCUGCCCUGUUCUGUUCCCUCUCUGGGACCGUGCCCAGAGCACCCGGAGGAGCCCCGGGAUCACUUCUGUUCCACCUGUGCCACCCUCAUGUGCCGCCUGUGCCAGCUCAGCGCCCACCAGGGCCACCGUUCCCGGAGCAUUCCCGAGGCAGUUCCUACGGAGCAGGCGCUGCUGCUGGAUCUGUCCCGGUGCCUCGGCACCAAACUCUCGGUGUUGCAGCACUGCCAGCGGCACCUGCGCGGCCUGCAGCGCCGGGGGUCGGAGGCGCAGCAGCGGCUGCAGGUGGAGGUGAAAAUGGCCAUUCUGCAGGUCAUGAGGGAGCUCAACAAGCGUGGCAAGGUCCUGCUCGGGGAGGCCCAGAAGGUGACGGAGGCGUGGCAGGAGGAGCUGGAGCGGCGGCUCCAGGCACUGGCGGAGCUACAGAAGCACCACGAGCUUGUCAUGGCCUUCGUGUCCCAGGCCAUGAGCACGUCCCGGGGCACUGCCCUACUGCUCUCCUACAACCUGAUCCAUUCCCAGAUCCAGCGGAGCCUCCGUGUCCCGGUGGAGCCUGAGGAGCACCUGUGGGAGCUGAAAUUCCAGUGGGAUCUUCCCGCCUGGACCAAGAGCGCCGAGAACUUUGGCACCAUCAUCUCGGAGUGGCCUCUCCCCCGCUCUGGGAGCCCCACCCCUGCCAUGAGGCCCCGAGACCCCCCCCCACCCACACAGGUGGUGAGCAAUGGGCAGGUGACCCCCAGGCUGCUCCCGCAGCCACCCCAGAACGGGGCUGGGGGAGAAGCACAGGAGGCCCCCUGGGGGUCCCCCCCAAUUGCGGGGGGGGCUCUGGGUCCCCCCCUCCUGCCUCAGUUCUCCCCCAGCAUCGAGGGGUUGGAAUGUCCUGAGUUGUCCCCCCCACACCUGGAGCCGCCACCGGAGACCCCUGAGCUGGCAGCCACCGGCCCCCCCGGAAACACCAUCACAGGAGGGGACAGGAGGAAACCUGGGAAUUCCCCCCGGGAGGAGAAGUUUAAGAAGCUGGUCAUUAAACGGAGGGCUCCCCAGGGUCCCCCCCCACUCCCCCCUAAGGUGCCACGGGUGUCACUGGAGCGGCUGGAGCUGGGCCUGGCGCUGGACCCGGCCCUACCCCCGCCCGCCUUCCGCGUCCUGCCGGGACCCUCAGCCGGGCAGUUCAGCGUCAUCGUCAUCGAGCAGGGUGGCACGCCCCAGGGGACACCCCAGGGGCCAGUGCAGGGCGAGCAGCCACAGGGAAACAUCCCCGUCAAGGAGGAGCCUCAGGAACUGGCCAUCAGCGACCCCGGGGACACCAAACCCGUGGGGCUGCUGCCCCCUCCCCCUGUGGGGAGUGUCCCUGGAGGUGUCCCCACGGCGGGUGUCCCCGGGGGGGCGUGGAGCUGCCGGGUGUGUGGCCGCGCGGGGGCCGUGGUAAUGUGUGACCGGUGUCAGCGCUGCUUCCACCUGCACUGCCACCUGCCCGCCCUGCUCGACGUGCCCAGCCCCGACUGGACGUGUUUGCUGUGCCAGGAGCUCCCCCCACCCUCCGAGGUCCCCCCGGGACAGGGAUCCCCACCCCAUCUGAGCCCCCUGGACCAGCAGAGGUGUGAGCUGGUGCUGCUGGAGCUGCUGUGCCAUGAGCCCUGCAGGGCCCUGCAGCGCCCAUGCGGCCCCACGGAGGGGGGUCCUGCCCUGGACCUGACCCUGAUGAGGGCGAAGCUGCAGGAGAAGCUGAGCCCCCCGUACAGGACCCCUGAGGAGUUCGCAAGGGACGCCUGGGGGGUCCUGGGACAACUCCAGGGGACCACUGAGGACAAGGCUGGGCUGCAGUCCCUGCUAAGUGUCCAGAGGUUCCUCGAGAGCCACCUGAGCCGCGUCUUCGGGGACAGGAAAUUCUGGGACCACCCAGGGACCCCCCCACUGCCUGAGCCCCCUCCCCGGGGGUGCUGGGACCACCCGGGGUCACCCCCGGCAUCCUGGGACCCCAGUUCUCCUUCUCCAGGGUCCUGAUCCCCCUCCCUGGGGUUCUGAAACACGCCCAGGGACCCC